UGAGCAAACUGAGCACCAGAAACACAGCGUAAACUGGCCAAGGCCAGCGAGUGGCAGAACCGAGAACUCCGAAGCCAGCGUGCUUUGUCAUAUCUCUUUCUGGGUGGGGUUACAGCAGCAACGACAAAGUAUUACAUCGCUCACGGACAGUUGCUGGCAAGAUUUUACUCCGCCCCUAUCUCUGGCUCAGGGUCCAUCAGGUGAUGACAAACGAGCUCCUGUGGAAUUGUGGGUAGAUACGGGUAGUUGCUGGUAAAAGAAAGGAUUCCUAAACACCUCCUUGCUUAGUCUUUCCUCCUCAUUUUGCUCAGGGUGCACGCAACCCUCAAGCACUAGGACCGUGAGGAAUCCAGCUGGCAAUGGCAUCUCUGUUCACUGCCAGAAUUCGGUUUCGGCUCCUGCAAGUUAUGGGCUUUUUUAUAGGUCUCGUAGGCCAAGCCGUUCGAGCCUUUGGCGGUCCCAAGUUGGGCUCAAUGAUCACACGACCUGUGAGUGAACCAUUACUCCUGCUUUCGGGGGUGCAGCUGGCCAAGCUGAUCCGACAGAGGAAGGUGAAAUGCAUAGAUGUUAUUCAGGCUUAUAUCAACAGAAUUAUGGAUGUGAACCCACUGAUCAACGGAAUUGUAAAAUACCGGUUUGAAGAAGCUAAGAAGGAGGCUCAUGCUGUAGAUAUGAAGCUCUUGGAGAAUUGGGAAGAUGAUGCCACCCUGGAAAAAAAAUGGCCCUUCCUAGGGGUUCCUUUGACAGUCAAAGAAGCCUUCCAGCUGCAAGGUACUCCUAACACUUCUGGCCUUGUGAAUCGUCGUAAUGUCAUUUCCAAAACUGAUGCCACUGUAGUGGCUUUACUGAAGGAAGCUGGUGCCAUUCCCCUUGGCAUAACCAACUGUAGUGAGCUGUGCAUGUGGUACGAAUCCAGCAAUAAGAUCUAUGGCCGAUCCAACAACCCCUAUGAUUUACAGCAUAUUGUAGGUGGAAGUUCUGGUGGUGAGGGCUGUACGCUGGCAGCUGCCUGCUCAGUGAUUGGUGUGGGCUCAGAUAUUGGUGGCAGUAUACGGAUGCCUGCAUUCUUCAAUGGCAUAUUUGGACAUAAACCUUCGCCAGGUGUGGUCUCCAACCAGGGUCAGUUUCCUAUGGCCAGGGGAGUCCAGGAGCUGUUUCUAUGCACUGGUCCAAUGUGCCGCUAUGCUGAAGACCUGGUCCCCAUGCUGAGGGUCAUGGCAGGACCUGGGAUCAAAAAGUUAAAACUAGAUGAAAAGGUAAAUUUAAAGGACUUGAAAUUUUACUGGAUGGAACAUGAUGGUGGCUCAUUGUUAAUGUCCAGAGUGGACCAAGAACUCAUUAUGGCUCAGAAAAAGGUGGUGGCUCACCUGGAAACUGUGCUAGGAGCCUCAGUUCAACAUGUUAAACUGAAGCAAAUGAAAUAUUCCUUUCAGUUAUGGAUCACAAUGAUGUCAGCAAAGGGACAUGAUGGAAAGGAAGCUGUUAAAUUUAUUGAUCUGCUUAAUAGCCAUGGGAAGCCCAUCAGCCCUCUGUGGGAAUUGAUCAAAUGGUGCCUGGGCCUAUCAGUGCACACCAUCCCUGUCAUUGGAUUGGCCUUAUUGGAAGAAAAGUUCAAAUAUGACACUGAGAAAUACAAAAAGUUCAAGGCAAUGAAAGAAAGCCUGCUUAAAGAGUUGGUGGAAAUGCUUGGUGACGAUGGCGUUUUCUUAUAUCCCUCCCAUCCCACAGUGGCUCCCAAGCAUCAUGUUCCUCUGACAAGGCCUUACAACUUUGCUUACACAGGUGUCUUCAAUGCCCUGGGUUUGCCUGUGACCCAGUGCCCAUUGGGUCUGAAUACCAAAGGACUUCCUCUAGGUAUCCAGGUCGUGGCUGGACCCUUUAAUGAUCACCUGACCCUGGCUGUGGCCCAGUACUUGGAGAAAAGUUUUGGCGGCUGGGUCUGCCCUGGAAAGUUUUAGUAUGACCUUCUCAAGGUCGUGUGUGUGUUUCUAUAAGUUGAGUGAGAUAAAGUACCAGCAAACAGGUUGAGAAAAAACAACUGCAGAAUUAUCUACUUGUUCAGUUAUUCGUUCCAGUCUCCUUUCCUUUAAUAAGUGCUGACUUUAAUAAAAUGAUAAUAUUUGA